AUGUGUUUGUUUGGCAUCGUUGAUGCGGUUGCGGACUUUUUAAAGGGUGUUGUGGCGUGUGCCUGCUGCCUCAUCAUCGGUGGCCCUGCGCUCAUCAUCGCGGGCAGCAUGCUUCUCAAUCAACAGGACCUUCGAAAAGCUUUCAGAGAUGCCGUGAAUGAAUUUAACCCCACACCCAUGAACGCUUGGACUGGGACCAUCAACGAUGUGCCGAUUGCUGUGAGACGCGAGUCGCUAAAUGUCAAAGGUGUGGACGGGGCCACUUCUGUCUUUGCGGAGGCUGUUGUUUCCGUUUCUCAUAUGUCUUCAUCAAGGUUUCAAGUUUCCGUGAAUGUUAGAACCGUGACCCCUUUUAAUCGCAUGGCCCCCUUCCGCACCAUAGAAAAAACGUCAUACACCUGUUCUUCACGUGACUGCAAAAGCAGAUUGAAUUGCCAGUGUAACGAAUUGCUGAAUUCUUUUAUGAACCAGUGCGUCGCAUCUGGUGGAAAAUUUGUUCGCACACCUGGAAUGUGCGUGUUGGACCGCACUUGUGGUACGUGUGAACGAACGGUCUACCUCAGGCAAUUGUACCUUGUUGUUCGUGAGGUCAGCAACGGAAAAUACGCCGAGGACACCAAUCUCCGAAGUGCCAUGUACGCUUUUGGGGAUCUUGAUAACGAUUACCAGCCUGGAAUACCGAGCACCGUUACAGUGCGCCUGUACAGCAGCAAGGACCCUUACAUCGCCCUGCAGCGCUUAACAAAGGGAACCAAUGAUUUGGGUUUGAAUUCGCGCACCGUGGGUAUUGUGCUGAUUGUUCUUGGGUGCCUGUUUUUGCUGCUGGAAAUUGGUGUCUGCACAGCGCUAAUUUGCUACUGGAUGCGAAGGAAGAAGACGUCAUCAGGCGCUCCGCCCUAUAUGGCUCCUGCAACUUAUGGAAUAUCAAAUUCGGGUGCAUCCGGUAACGCCGCACCGAAUUUUUAUGCACAGCCAGCACAGCAAACGGGGCAGGGAUACACAUAUUUUCAAGCGGCACCACCAGGGUAUACAUAUGGCCAGCCACCACAGGGACAGCCGGUUCCACAGGGAUACGCAUAUGGUCAACCGGUAUCACCACAGGGACAGCACGGCUAUACGUAUGGGCAAGCACCGCCGCCAUUAUACGCAUACGGCCAACCGGUAUCACCACAGGCUCCGCGUGGGCAAGUACCGCCGCCAUUGUAG